AGUUGCACCCGAAAGGCCUUAAACUCAAACACCCCACUCUCACACUACUGGAAUAUAUUUAAUUCGAAUUAUAUAAAAAUGGCCUUCCGUGCAGCAACACAACGUGCAUUGAACAUGCGUCACAUGAUGAACGUUACCCGUCAACCUAUCGCCAUGACCUCCGUCCGUCCUCAAUCCACCUUGAACACUGGUGAAGUUGUUCAAGAUCCCCAAAUCGGUGAUUAUCCUAACUUGCCUCGUUUCAGUACCCAAACUAGAGGUCCUUUCGGUUGGGACGAUCCUCAAGAUAAGCGUAACUUUGGUGAAACUGUUCAUGAAGAAGAUGAACUUUAUGGUGUCUGGGCUCCCGAUCUCCACCAUUAUAGCCCUAUUAAGGCCGCCAGUCAAUUAGCACUUUUCGCCACUAUCAUGGCUACUUUUGCUACUGUCGUUUACAAAUUCUAUCCCGAAAGACCCGUCGUUCAACGCACUUACCCUUACAAUGGUUUGUCUGAAGAGUUUGGCGAACGUGAAGGAGAUAUUCGUCGUCGCGCUGCUCGUGUUGGAACUCAUGAGGAAUAGAUUUUUUAUUUUUAUUUUUUUUUUAAAAAAACAGGAAAAUAAAAAUAAUUGAGGUUUUUGUCGGAUUUUUAAUAUAUAAAGAAGUAUUGUGCUUCUCUUCAGAAGGAUUUCUCC